UUCAAAGCUGAGGGGCAAAGGGGAGGAAAAAACAAGGACAAGUGAGCGAGAGACCCAAGAAGGAAAAAAAAAAAUUAGACUGCGGCAGGCCCCCAUGCAGGCGCGGAAGAAAUAUGUUCUGCUGGGCUUGUGUACAUUCUGCUGGCUGGUUCUCUUUUACUUCGGUAGGGGAGUCCAGCUACCUGUACCUCUGCUCCGGAUGCUGACAGGCCAGCAGGGUGAGGUCAUGCGACCCUGGCCCAACUGGACCGACCGGGCCUUCCUGCCCUGCUAUGCUCACCUGAACGAGCUCCAGACAGACCCCGGGACGUCCGAGUCGCCCGGGCAGCGGCGACAGGCGUGGUCUGUUAUCUACAAGGACAGCCGCUGCCGCAUGGAGACCUGCUUUGACUUUUCCCGCUGCCGGCGUCGAGGAAGAGAAGGGUUCCGGGUGUACGUCUAUCCGUCGGAGAAAAACGACCGCGUCUCCGAAAGCUACAAAAAAAUCCUGACGUCGAUCGCCGAGUCACGAUACUACACGUCGGAUCCGCGUGAGGCGUGUUUGUUUGUGCUCGGGAUCGACACCCUGGACAGAGACCAGCUGUCAGGACAGUUUGUGCCCAACGUGGAUGAACGCAUUCGGGGUUACCCUCUUUGGAACGACGGGCGCAAUCACCUGAUCUUUAAUCUUUACUCGGGCACUUGGCCCAACUACACAGAGGAUCUGGGUUUCAACAUCGGCCAGGCCAUCUUAGCAAGAGCCAGCCUCAACACGGAACAUUUCAGGCCCGGUUUUGACAUCUCCAUCCCGCUCUUUUCAAAGGACCACCCGCAGAAGGGUGGAGAACGAGGCUGGUUGGUCCGGAACACCACCCCGCCGCGGAGGAAGUACCUGCUGAUGUUCAAAGGGAAGCGCUACCUGACGGGCAUCGGCUCGGACACCCGAAACGCUCUCCAUCACAUCCACAACGGGAAGGACAUUGUGUCGCUCACGACAUGCCGCCACGGGAAGGACUGGGAAAAGCAUAAAGACGCCCGUUGUGAUCAUGACAACCUGGAAUACGAAAGGUUUGACUACCAGGAGCUACUUCACAACUCCACCUUUUGUCUAGUGCCUCGAGGACGACGCUUGGGCUCCUUCCGCUUCCUCGAGUCCUUGCAGGCGGCAUGUAUACCCGUGUUGCUGAGCAACGGCUGGGAGCUGCCAUUUUCCGACGUCAUACAAUGGAACCAGGCCGUCAUUGAAGGAGAUGAGCGACUACUGUUACAGGUGCCGUCGACAGUGAGAGCUGUGGCAAGUGAGCGGGUUUUGGCUCUCAGACAGAGAACGCAGAUCCUGUGGGAAGCCUACUUCUCUUCCGUGGACAAGAUCGUCGUCACCACACUGGAGAUCAUUAAGGAUCGUGUAUUUUCUCACACAUCAAGGAACAAAUACAUGUGGAACGCCCUACCGGGAGGUCUACUGGUCCUGCCAGAAUAUUCCACUCACCUUGCACAUUUCCCUUUCUACUACCUGGGAUUAGGCAUCAGUCCAAAUCAGGAGUUCACUGCCAUCAUCCACGCUGUCUCUCCGUUGGUGUCUCAGUCUCAGCCAAUCAUGAAGUUGCUUCAAGUGGUCUCCAAGUCCAAAUAUUGCUCGCAAAUCAUCAUCCUCUGGAACAGCGAGAAAGCGCCACCCAGUCGCAGCAAAUGGCCUCCCAUGCCCGUCCCCCUCACCGUGACAGACGGCAAGAGGAAGACCACCAGUCGGUUCCUGCCACAUGUUGCCAUAGAAACCGAUGCGGUGCUGAGUCUGGAUGAGGACACGGUCCUGUUGACGAGCGAGGUGAACUUCGCCUUCCUGGUGUGGCGGAGCUUCCCAGAUCGGAUCGUCGGGUAUCCUCCUCGGAGUCACUUUUGGGAUCCCUUGAAGCACGCUUGGGGCUACACCUCCAAAUGGACCAAUGACUAUUCAAUAGUCUUGACUGGGGCUGCCUUCUACCACAGAUACUACCACUACCUGUUCUCGCACUACCUGCCGCAGUCAUUGAGAACCAUUGUGGAUCAUACGUCCAACUGCGAGGACAUCCUGAUGAAUUUCCUGGUUUCCGCUGUCACCCGCCUGCCGCCCAUCAAAGUGGCUCAAAGGAAACAAUACAAGGAGUUGCCGAGCCCGCAGGUAGCCACAAAAAAUGUCCCCUGGGCCAACCCGGAGCAUUUCAACCAGCGCCAGGAGUGUAUCAACACCUUUGCCAACUGGUUUGGCUACAUGCCUCUGGUCCACUCCCAAUUCCGCCUGGACCCCGUGCUCUUCAAAGAUCAAGUGUCAGUCCUCCGAAAGAAAUAUAAAGACCUCGAGAAGGCAUGAUGUGACUGACCAGAGAGCCGGUCCGUAGCGGCCGGCUUUUGAAGGACACCGACCAAAGUCUGUCCAGCUGAGAGGGACUCGUGUAAGCUGUCAUAUGGACAAUCGGACAGACCCCGGUGGGCUGUGGAUCAAGUCCUGUUAAGUGCAACGUGAACUCUAACCCCUUCCAGCUAUAAAAAAAAAAAUAGCCACCCUGUCGACGAGGUGCCAGUCUUUAUUGAAGCACUUGAAGAACCCUCGGUUGCAAGUGAUGUCGCUGUGCAUGAAUGGGAAGGAAGGUGGGUUAGCGGUGCCAUGUUCUCUUCUUAGCAUUCCCGAGCGGGAGCCGAGGAAAAACGGACAAUGUGACUGGCAAAAUGUAAACGAAGACAUAAAAUGAUUUGCACUUUGCUGUGGUGUUUCCUGAAUCUCCGUUUUUUUUUCUGCCCCCCACCCCUUUGCAGUUCAGUGUGACAGUUGAAGGACUUCUUUUUUUCCCCGUAGUUUUAAUGAGAAAAAACAUUUUGACUUGGUACAAAACACAUAUGGCCCAGUUGACAAAAUUACAUUCACAGGCAAGCAAACCUGAACAACAAGGGCACACUUUGAGGAAGACACAUGUAACGCAUGCACAUACACACCUGAGAUGUAAUGUACCGGAAUUGAACCCUGCACCUCUGCAGCCAGCACGGUAACCAGUCGACAAACAGGCUGCCUCAAGGAACUCCAUUGAAGUGAAUCGAGAGUCACUCGUCAUCCCCCC